AUAAACUCGACAGAGGACCGUCGCUUAUUUUAAUUCUUUGUUUCCCCCUGUAACUUUUUUGACCAGCAACUCUGAACUCCAACAUGACGGAUGUACGCGUCUUUGGGCCGUGGGAUUACGUGGUUUUUGCCCUUAUGCUAGUCAUAUCCGCGGGCAUCGGUCUUUUCUACGCCUUUACCGGCGGGAAGCAGAAGACCACCAAAGAGUUCCUUAUGGCCGACCGCAAUAUGAGGCUGCUGCCGAUAUCAGUCUCUAUUCUGGUGUCCUUUAUUUCUGCAAUUUUAAUCCUCGGCACGCCGGCAGAGAUGUACACGGCUGGGACGGAGUACUGGAUGUUAGCUGGUGGUAUGAGUAUGGCCAACUUAUUAGCUGCCAUUAUCUUUGUUCCGAUGCUGCAUCCCUUGAAGCUGACCAGCUCAUACGAGUACUUGGAAAGGCGGUUUCAACAUCGAGCAGCAAAGCUGGUCGGUGCCACGAUCAUGCUUCUCCAGCAGGUUCUGUAUAUGGGAAUAGCAUCUUAUGCUCCAUCCACAGCUUUGGAAGCAGUGACCAAAUUUCCGGACUGGGCUACCAUUAUCAUCGUUGGCCUCGUGGCGACAUUCUACACAACACUGGGCGGCAUGAAAGCUGUAGUGUGGACUGAUGUUUUCCAGGCUGUGGUAAUGUUAACUGGUCUUCUAGCUGUUGUAAUACAGGGAACUAUAUCUGUGGGAGGGUUUGGAGAAGUGUGGAAGUUAAAUGAAGACUGGGGUCGGAUAAAAUUCCCCAGUUUUAACCCGGACCCAACCAUUAGACACACUUUCUGGAACCUGUUUGUGGGUGGAACCGUGGGUUCAAUGUCCACCUUCGCCAUCAGCCAGGCCAGCGUCCAGCGUUACUCCACGCUCCCCACCGUCAGGAUGGCUCAAUUAUCUUUGGCGAUGAAUUGUAUAGGAGUUAUCCUCAUGGUCAGUCUAACCUGUAUCGCUGGAGUGGUGAUUUUCGCUUACUACGCCCAGAAAGACUGCGAUCCACUGUACGCAGGGGAGAUACAAAACUCUAACCAGAUCGCCCCAUAUUUUGUGAUGGAAGUCCUUGGUUACCCGGGCUUACCCGGUCUGUUUGUGGCGUGUCUGUUUAGCGGAGCUCUCAGUUCUAUGUCAUCUUCCCUGAACGCUGCCGCCACAGUCACAUGGACAGAUUUCCUCAAGCCACGUUUUGGACACCUCUCCAUGAAGAAACAAACUUUCAUCACAAAAGGUUUAGUGGCAGGAUUUGGUGUUAUAGGAAUUGCCAUGUCCUUCAUGGCGAGGAGUCUGGGCGGAACAGUUUUACAGGCCUCGGCAUCAUUCACGGGUUCAGCUUCUGGACCUCUGCUGGGACUUUUUAUCCUCGGCGGAUUCUUUCCCUGGGCUAACUGGAAGGGUGCAGUAGUUGGCGGGAUAAUGGGGCUCUCCUUCCCCAUGUGGAUUAGCAUAGGCUCGUAUAGCCUUGACCCAGAGAGUCAUACCCUCCCCGGCCCCACAGGCUCGUGCCCUGGGAAUAUCACCACGCCACCCCCAACUACCGUCACCGAGAUUUCGGGGAUCAGCAAUCUUUAUACAGUUUCUUACAUGUGGUUCUCGUCGAUUGGGGUCGCUACCUGCGUCAUCGUUGGUCUAGCUGUGAGUUUUGCCUCAGGUCCUAUGAAACCGAAUGAGUUAGACAAGAAGUAUCUCAUCCCGAUCUUCGAUCGUAUUUUCUGUUGCCUACCGGACAAAAUCCUAAGCAAAUGCCGAUGUGGUAGAACGUUUGAAGAAGAGGACGAGGGUGAUGAACUGGAUAAUGUGGCAGACCACGGCGACAUCAAAGCCUGUUCGAGAAAGGACAAUCAGGUGGCGCCAUUAGAGACGAAGGAAGGUUUAGACGAGGCGUAUACGAGCCAGAGCCAAGACGGUGCCCAAAAUGGUGGCUUGUCCAUGAAGAAGAAAACUAAAAACAAUCAUAUGAGGAUGGUAACGAUGAGGAAAAUGAUCCAGUGAUAUUAUCAUCGUGACGCUGAACAAAACAAUAGAAGUCUGCAGUUCGCUUUCUUGUUCUUUUAAAUUAUCUCAUUUAAAUUAAUGAAAAUAUCCGUCCAUUUUAACAUGAAUUGUAAUAAUAGUAAAGUUUACUUACUCUGUAAAUUUC